AUGGCAAGAAGGGCGUCGGAGACAAUUCCGAAUUUGUCCGGCAAAUACAACGGCCUGCAACCUGCAGAGGGAGGCGUGGACGAAGAAAUGGUGGGAAAGGUAGAUUCCAAGGCCAAGGCUAGGUUCGCCUACAAAGUCGGUGUAAAAGGCUGGUCAGCCGACAUGCGAAGCGAGAGAGGCAGGUUCCAGGAGGAGGGCGAGGCCGACAUGCGACCAGUCUCGGUUUUACGUGAUGUUGAUACCGCUCCGCCGGUUCGAAAAUCUAUGCAAUGCCAAUUGCCAGAGGCCAUGAAUGAGGAAAAACUAUAG